UCCUUUUGCAAAGGAGACAUCACACCUUCAACUUAAGUUUCCACUCGUUUCUCUUUUUUUUUCGCCUCUCUCUUUUUCGCCAUGUAUCAAUCCAAGCCAAAUUAUCCGCCGCCGCACGCGACGGGUUUUCCGAUGAGCACCAACAGCGAAUACUACGCACCGUCGAUGGUGCCCAGUGCUCUCGAAAUCCAUACCCCGCCGGAAUCCGUGGCGUGGUCCACCGGCCUAUGCGACUGCUGCGACGACGUCGGCAACUGUUGUAUGACUUGCUUCUGUCCGUGUGUUACCUUUGGCAAGAUCGCGGAGAUCGUCGAUAAAGGAUCCAGUUCAUGCGGGACAAGCGGGGCGCUGUACACGCUGAUAAUGUGCGUGACGGGGUGCCAGUGCUUGUACUCGUGCUUCUACCGGUCGAAGAUGAGGGCCCUGUACUCCCUGCAGAAGAGGCCCUGCGGCGACUGCUGCGUCCACUGCUUCUGCGAGCAGUGCGCCCUCUGCCAGGAAUACCGAGAGCUCAAGCGCCGCGGCUUCGACAUGGAAAUUGGAUGGCUGGCAAACAUGGAGAAGCAAGGGUACGCAGCACCAACCAUGCCGAUGCCGCCACCGACGCAGCAAGGCAUGACCCGAUAAACAUGAUUUAAUCCCCAAAUAAUUAACAUCUCUGCGAGUGUAUUGAAUGUAUUAAUCAUGUAUUAGCCAUAACAGUAAGCUUAGUUUCAAUAAGGUUUGAGCCAAAUUUGAAAUAUUUCUACUUGAUAAAUACAUUCCAAAGAUGUUCAUGAGAACAGAUUGUAUAAGUUAAUAAUAUAUUUGUAGGGGGUUAUUAUUUUUCCAUCA